UUGACCCAUUGCUGCACCAGGCGUGCUAACGGUAAAGAGCAUUGUGCAGUCAUGUGGCCUAUAUUAUGGACAGCGAUGCGGACCUACGCCCCUUACGUCACAUUCCCUGUGGCGUUUGUGGUCGGAGCAGUGGGCUACCACCUGGAGUGGUUUAUCAGGGGGACCCCCAAUCCUCGAGAGGAGGAGAAGAGCAUCGUGGAGCUGAGGGAGGAGAGGAAGCUGCAGGAACAAGUGGGGUUGGACAGCACCCAGGUGCUUAGCCUCAAAGAUAAACUGGAGUUCACACCCAAAGCAGCUCUAAACAGGAACCGACCCGAAAAGAGCUAACCCGUCCUGCUGGGAGAGACUCAUUUCCAGUUGGAGGAUAGUGCAUUGGGAGCAAAGGGGACGAACCAGAGGGCCAAAACACCUAUUCUUCCUGUUCACCAUGGCAACACAUUCUCACUCCAGCAUGCCGGUGUAAAUAUCAGACACUUUGUGGAACAUAAAGGACAGCUAAAAAGUAAAUACCAUUCUGCUGAGUCAAAUAUAGCUUAUAUGUGCUGUAUGUGGUUAAAAACCUGUGUGACUUCAUAUGAAACUUUGGCUGUCUCUGAUAACAAGGUGUGAUGCGGUUUGGCCUCCUUUUGUCCACUGGCUCGAAGGAAAGAGCAUUUACUGUUUUAUUUAAAUCUAGUUGUUGUUCCACGACACAAAUUGUAUUGUGUCUUGACUGUAAAACACACAAAUGUCUCUUUCUUUGAUUCUUUGAUUUUUUUUCGUAUGCAAGAAGGCUGUAAUAAAGUGUUUCUCCUUUUAAUAUCAUGUGUGUUAUAAGGAAGGAAUCCUGAUUGUGAACAUAAAAGCAGAGGAGAAAACUUUCAAAUCUUAUGUAACCUUUCAUCAUAUGUGACUAAAUAAGGCAGCAGUGUGUGGGGGGUCUCUCAGGAAGUUUAUGCUGCUUAGUCCUAUUGUCUGGAACAUCUACACACUGCUUUCAUUUUAGAAAGUUGUGAAGGUUUGCACACCAAACAUUUUAAUUGUGAGUGAUCUUGCUGUAUAUGACAAAUAAA